AGUUAAGAUGGGGUUGCUGGUGAGGUUCAUCUUACUCCUGAGUUUGUUAAUAAUAAUAUCAGCGCUUAAUGUUUUCCCUGAGAAAUUUCGCUUUGGCGAGAAACACACCACCAUUAUUCUUGAUUGUAAAACGAAUAAGAACAGUGUCACGUGGAAGCGAGAAGAAGCACACGGAACAGUGGACGUGGAUUCAGAGUAUGAAAAACCCAACGGAACCAAACUGAUCGUGUAUGACCUGCAAGAAGACCAAACUGGGAAUUACACCUGCUGGAGUGAUGAAGGUUUAGAAGACUACAUCUAUCUCCUACUGGACAAGUCCAAAGAAGCAUCAGAUUUGAACUUAAAUUGCACAGCCGAAACCUUUUCCUGCGCACACAGCCUCAAAUGCUCGUGGACCUUAGAUGAUUAUACAGCAUUCAGACUUCGUAAUACACGUGACCAUGGCAGCUGGGUGUCACCAUCUGUGGAUGGGGUAUUUCAUGUUCCACAUACCACAAAUUCCUUUUCUGAAGAGUCUGAGCGCCUGCGGAUAACGGGGGAGGCUGUUUCCUCAUGCUGCUAUAUUAAAACCGACUACAGCGUCUACCUUCGAGACAUUGUCAAACCUGCUGGUCCAAACAUUACCAAAUGUUUACAAAGAAAAAACAAGGAAAAGGUUGAGGUGGUGGUGACGCCUCCUUCCACAUGGCCGCAGCCUCAUAGUUUCUUUCCUCUGAAGCAUCAGACUGAGUACGAGAUACGUGACAAUGGGAAGUUCAAGACUCAUGAAUGGGAGGGGUCAAAGGUAGAAAUUCAAGGGGUCAUCACAAAAUUGAGGGUGCGAUGCAGAGACCCGCUGCUUCUCUCUCAGUGGAGCGAGUGGACGCCAUGGAAAAACGUACAAGACAACAAGAAAGGAAAACGUUCGAAGGCAAAGAAAAAAAACACUAAAACAAGAAACCAGAGAAAAAAAGGCAGAAAAAACCAACAGUGAAAAUCUCAAAAACCCA